AAUUUAUUUCAGAUCUUGACAUAAAGCAAAGAUGCAGAUCUUCGUGAAGACCCUAACGGGGAAAACCAUCACUCUCGAGGUUGAACCAUCUGACUCCAUCGAGAAUGUCAAGGCCAAGAUUCAGGAUAAAGAAGGCAUUCCCCCAGACCAGCAGAGGUUGAUCUUUGCCGGUAAACAGUUGGAGGAUGGCCGCACUCUGUCCGACUACAAUAUCCAGAAGGAAUCUACCCUCCAUCUGGUGCUCCGUUUGAGAGGAGGAAUCAUUGAGCCUAGUUUGAGGACCCUCGCCUCCAAAUACAACUGCGAAAAGAUGAUCUGCCGCAAGUGUUAUGCUCGUCUGCACCCCAGAGCUACUAACUGCCGUAAGAGGAAGUGUGGUCACACCAACAACAUCCGCCCCAAGAAGAAGCUGAAGUAGACAACUAAAUGUCAUGAUUUUGGUGUAAAGUUAAAUAAUAAAACUUCACACAAUACUA